AUGGGGAACGCCGCGGACCUUGCACCGAGCCAGGCAUCUGCAAAAGUGACCGUACCCUGUCUGUGCUCUGGCUUCUUUGCAUCCUCUUUGCAUGGGCGUGGUGGCAAGACCAAGAAGAGACAGGGAGACGGGAAGUCUGCUGCUCACGUGCUCUUGGUUGGUGCCCCUGGCAUGGGGGCGGCAGAGCGUCCGAGCACCGUCCGACGGAGUGGAAGCACGCAGAAUGACGUGGAGGGGCUGCGUGAAGUGAGGGAUGGCCGGGAGAUGGCAGUCCAAGCGCAGACGGAGCCCGACGUGUUGCACCCGCCGGGCACGGUCGAGGGCGAAAGGGCUGCCAGCCGAGGCAGCGUCGAAGAGCAUUGUGCGGCAGAAGGUUCAGGUGGCACGCGGCCCGACCAUCCGCCUGCACAGAUGGGCUACUGGGUCCAAGUCGACACUGUCCGCGGGCUCCCGCAAGCUGGAAGCAGCUACCAGGUCAAAGCAUACUGGUCCAUUCGUCCGGCCGAGGCAGCUGUAUUUGGCAAGUGCCUCGCGUCGCCAGCAGAGCAGACGAGCGCCCAAGAUUGCAUUGUCAGGGGCCAGGUUCUGCUGCCGUUGACCAUGGCGCCGGGAAUGGCUGUUGUGGAGGUCUUCUGUGAGGGAGCUCCAAGCUCAGUUUUCCGAACGGAGCUGGAUACUUUGGACCCGCAGAACCACAGGCUCAUCGACCACCAGCUCGAUGCGGAAGUCGACUCAGCGAAGCCCGUGAUCCGUCUCAGAAUCUGGCCCCACCCGCUCACCAGAGCGGCCCUCGAUGCGAAGGAAGGUGCUGCAAGGGCCGCAGCACCUGAGCGAGAUGGCCCUCAUGAGGCGUCGUCUGUGGAGGAGGAGGAGAUGGAAGAAGAAGAGUUCGAGGAGGAGGAGGAGGAGGAGCCGGUGGAAGAUGACUCUCAGCCGGAACUUUUGGGCCAUUUUUUGGUCUUGAGCUGGUCACUUUGCUUUCUGUCGAGCUUGCAGUACGUUUGA